GAAGCACAGGUAUUGUGGACAGACUUCAGGAGGAGGUUCCAGAAACCAUCGAAGCUCUUCAGAGGGCUGGCAUCAAAGUGUGGGUCCUGACCGGAGACAAACAGGAGACGGCCAUCAACAUCGCCAACGCCUGCAAGCUUCUCCGCUCCAGUGACCAGCUGCUGACAGCCAACUGUGAUAACAAGGAAGCAUGUGAAGCUCUACUCAACGAGCUCAUUGUGGAGGUCCAAUGUGGAGAAGAAGGUGUAAGUGAACCGAGAGAAGACCCGUCUUCUGGAUCCACUGGCUUCAUUCUGGCCAUAGACGGUCGGACUCUGGACUGGGCUCUGCAAGACGACCUCAGGAGCAGCUUCCUGGAGCUGAGCCGCAAAUGCAAGGCUGUCCUCUGCUGCAGGUCUACUCCACUGCAGAAGAGCAAGGUGGUCCAGCUGGUCCGGGACCAAUUAGAGGUCAUGACCCUGGCUGUGGGUGAUGGAGCCAACGAUGUGAGCAUGAUCCAGGUGGCAGAUGUGGGCAUCGGCAUAUCCGGUCAGGAGGGAAUGCAGGCUGUGAUGUCCAGCGACUUUGCCAUUCCCAGGUUCUACCACCUCAGGAAGCUGCUGCUGGUUCAUGGACACUGGUGCUACCAUCGCCUCGCAAACAUGAUCCUCUACUUCUUCUACAAGAAUGUGAUGUACGUCAACCUGCUGUUCUGGUACCAGUUCUUCUGUGGUUUCUCCGGAAACGUCAUGAUCAACUCCUGGGUGCUCAUCCUCUUCAACCUGCUCUUCACCUCCGUCCCUCCUCUGGUCUACGGAGUUCUGGAUCAGGACACUGCUGCAGACGCUCUUCUGGAGCAUCCUGAGCUGUACCGGGAUGCACGCUCCUCCAAGGUCUACGUUCCCUCCAUUUUCUGGAUCACAGUCCUGGAUGCUUUCUACCAAAGCUGCAUUUGCUUCUUCAUUCCUUAUUUUGCUCUGGCAGGGUCGGAUGUUGGCAGUUUGUCCUUCGGCUCCCCGAUCAACACCUCGGCUCUCUUCAUCAUCCUGCUGCACCAAGUCAUCGAAAGCCACACACUGACAUGGAUUCAUGCGCUCGUCUUGUUUCUCAGCGCUGCUUCCUAUUUCGCCUUUGUGCUGCUCUUCAGCACCUUCUGCACCGUCUGCAGCCACCCCACCAACCUGCUGGGGGUGGAGCCUCGACAGCUGAGCACGCCCCUCUUCUACAUCAUCUGUGCCGUCACCACGGUGACGGCCCUGAUGCCCAGGAUUUUGUUCCGCUCCCUGUUCAACACCGUGCACCCCACCACUCUACUGACCGAGGACCAAAGACAGGAAGCAGCCUCAGAGUCGUACCGCCGGAGGAUGCAGCGCUGGAACCAGAACCAGGCCAGAGCCGGGCUGCAGGUGUGCGCCGACAACCCCGGCCUGGUGCGUGGCCAGGAGGAGGUGGUGUCAUGACCACGCGUGCUGGUGACGUGGGUUUGUGGUGGACCCUCCUGCCUCCCGCCCUCAGAACCGAAGCGUACGCUGGUCUGGACGGGAAGCUGCCGUCGGGAACGGAGCGUGCUCAGGCGGGACGUGUUUACAUGGCUGUCAGCUGUUUGACUGUUACGAUGACGGCCCGCCUCUGCUCCUGUUUACUCGCCGAGCUGGACUCCGUGAAGCUGCAUGGAGCUGAGGCUUCGGGCUUCCUAAAGCGCUUCAGCCAAAGUGAAGAUGAUCAGGACAAUGUUCAAAAAGUGAACACUUUUGUUUGUUUGUUUUUAACUUUUAUUUCUAAUAACUAACCAUUAAAUGUUUUAUAUAUUGAAGUUUGUUUAAAUCAGAUUCCAUCUAUCCAUUUUCGAAACUCCUGAGUCCCUUUUGGGAUCACGAAGCUGCUGGAGCCUAUCCUGUUAAAUCAAGGAAGAAAACCAGGGAGGUUCUGAUGAGACAGCAGGGUUCUGAUGGACCUCUACGCCAGGCAUCAGAGCCCGUCCUCUCAGGAGAAAGCGUGAAGUGGCCUUAUGACUCCACCAAACACAAACGCUGCAAUAGAAGUUUUUAUGGGAAUAAUGUUUUCAAUCAUGAAUGCUUUUUCAAUAAACAGCUCUUUGAAUUUCA